GUGCGAUCCCGUCACCGCCGUCAUUGGAUACAGGGGACCAGGACGCACGCGGGGGUAGUGGAGUGCCCAAUAAUCAGGUAGAGCUCACCGGAACACCAACCGACCAGAAGAUAGAGUCCAGGCGGGGGGUGCACUCUGGAAUACGCAGACGGGCGCUGGGAGAGAGGCGUGUUUACGAUGUGGCUGUGGAUAUGGCUGUGGACGAUGACAAGCUUAGUGUGAAGGGGUUCAAGAUGCAUGACAAAAGGUAUGGGAAGGCUGUUGAGAUGCGUGUGGGGCCGAAGACGAUUGAUGGGCAUGUGCGGGCUAUCACGGAGGGGCUGCGAAAUAAUCGGCAGCAAUUGGCGGUCAUACAGGAACAACAGCGCUUGCAGAUUCGGCUGCAGACGGAGCGUCAAGCACAGGUACAGGAACGCGAACGGGGGUAUACGCAAGGAAUUGCACAGCCAAUCCAACACCCGCGGCAGGUAGCGGAACACGAAUAUGAGCAUGGACGAACCACAGCAUUCUCACAUGACCCGCAAACCGAGCAACACAACCACCACCAGCCACAGCCACAACCACAUGGUCGGUAUGAGCAGCGACGCAGGAGACAGGCGGUUACGGACGAGGAAGGAACCCAUGACGACACUACACACACAGAGCAAGAAACUUUGGGCCAG